AUGACUCCCACCUCUAUCAACGACAACUCGCUCGCAAUCUGGUCCGCCCUCGCCGCAGCCCUCCUCGCUGCACUCGCCGUCCCCCUCACCCUUUUCCCCCGCCUCCUCCUCCUCCUCUCCGACGAUGCAACCGAGCCACGCACCUCCCUCACGCACCUUGAGGCCUUUCUCGCCCUCCACUUUGGCCUUUUUCUCGCAGCACUUGCCCUCGCUUUGCUGCUUAAUGUACCGUCGCCCAAGGCUCCACUGCCCAUGUCCGAGGAUUCCAAACCGACUCAACCGCUACUGGUGCCCCUGACUAUUGUGGCUAAUGUCUCGGCUUUCCUCGCUUGGAACGACAAGAACGUCGGUGCGCUCGCCUCGGUAGUCUUCGUUGUCGAUUUCGUCAUCGGGAUAUGGGGCUUGUGGGCGAUCGUCUUCGCCAACUCCGGUGCUAUUUCGAAAACAACAGGAGCUGAUAAACACACCUCUGCGUUCAUCUUCGGCAACAAAGCUGCUGCCUCGUCUCAAAAGAAGAUAAGGAGAAAGGGAGAGUAG